AUGAGCCGUUUACAUAUAUUGCGAAAAUUGGAUGAUAAUGAUACGUGCUCACAAGUUGCUAAUGAAACUGAAUGCCUACUCACAACGGUCGCUACAAUUAUUGUUACAUUGGGAUUACUAUUCUUACAAGCAGCAGAAGGUAGAAGAGAGAAGAUUGAGGAUGUGGUUACGUACUCCGCCAUUAACUGCCGGAAGCACAGAGCUCUUUUGACCGAUUUUGGAGCCGUUGGAGAUGGGAAAACGCUGAACACAAAGGCCUUCAAAGAUGCAGUUGAUAAACUAAGCCAGUAUGCAUCGGAUGGUGGAGCACAGCUAAUUGUGCCGCCCGGAAAAUGGCUUACCGGGAGCUUUAAUCUCACUAGUCACUUUACCCUUUUCCUCCAUAAGGAAGCUGUUAUUCUUGGGUCUCAGGAUGAAUCAGAAUGGCCUCUUGUUCCAGUUCUGCCUUCAUACGGGAGAGGCAGAGACGCCCCUGGUGGAAGGCGUAGCAGUCUCGUCUUUGGAAGCAACCUCACUGAUGUCGUAAUUACUGGUAACAAUGGCACCAUUGAUGGACAAGGUGUUCCUUGGUGGGACAAGUUCAAAAAGGGUCUUUUGAAUGCCACCAGACCAUACUUGAUUGAGAUUAUGUUCUCUAAUCAGAUCCAAAUCUCUAAUCUCACUUUGACCAAUUCUCCAUCUUGGCAUGUCCAUCCCAUUUACUGCAGCAACAUAACAAUCCAAAGCCUCACUAUCCUUGCCCCAGUUAACGUUCCCAACACAGAUGGGAUUAACCCAGAUUCAUGUUCACAAACUCGUAUUGAAGACUGUUACAUAGUCUCGGGGGAUGACUGCAUUGCAGUGAAGAGUGGCUGGGAUCAGUAUGGAAUCAAAUUCGGCAUGCCAACCGAGCAUCUUGUUAUCAGGAGGCUCACCUGCAUUUCACCUAAAAGUGCUACCGUUGCUCUAGGCAGUGAAAUGUCCGGUGGAAUCAGAGAUGUUAGAGUUGAGGAUGUCACAGCCAUUAACACUGAAUCUAGUAUUAGGAUCAAAACAGCUGAAGGGAGAGGGGCUUAUGUCAAAGACAUCUUUGUACGACGAUUAACAUUGAACACUAUGAAGUACCUUUUUUGGAUAUCAGGCGCAUAUGGUUCGCAUCCAGAUGAGGGAUUUGAUCCAAAGGCACUUCCUGUGAUUCUAAACAUCAACUACAGAGAUAUUGUCGCUGAGAAUGUUACCAGGCCAGCACAGUUGGAUGGACUUGCUAACGACCCUUUCAAGGGAAUUUGCAUUUCUAAUGUGAGUAUCUCAUUGACUGCAAAUCCUAAGGAGCUGUUGUGGAAUUGUACUGAUGUUGAGGGCAUUACAAGCAAUGUGACUCCAAAGGCUUGCGAUUUGUUGCCCGAGCAGCAAAACCCAGUAGAUUGUGCUUUCCCUGAGGAUAAGAUAGCCAUUGAGGAUGUUAAGUUGACGAGUUGUUCUGCUUAAGAUUGUGUAGCCCAUACAAAUGAGAAUGUUGAUGCUCGAACAUACACAAGUUUUAACAAUUCAUAUAUGAAUUCCAAUAAAUGAAUAAAACU